AAGCGUAGUAUUAUUUUCUAUAGUAUGCUAGGGAAUAGGAAGAUAAUCUCUAUUAAGGCGCUUAUAAAUGCGCUAUAUAAGCGGCCCGACCUAGUGCUAAGUCUAUAUAUUAAGAGUUUUAAGAAUUAUAAGGGGCCGCAGGUUAGUAUUUAUAGCAUCUUUAUACAGGCGCAGGCGUUGGCGCUAUAUUUACUUAUUUUUAAGGAUUUAGAUAGUUUAGUACAGAAUAAAAUAAGGAGCUACUUUUUAAAUAAAGUUAAUAGGUUAGAGUUAAAUAAUAGGAUUUUUAUAAUUAGGAGUAUAAAUUAUUUUAAUAAAUUAGAUCCGGCGAUUAUAAAAAGGCUAAGUUGGUUUAAUUAG